AUGCAAAUUACGAUCAGAAAAUAGUAGAGAACUGGACAGAGCUAAAACGGAGCAACGCCAUGGAAGCACAUACGGGAGAGCUAGGAGGUUCCAUGAAAGUUCCUUCUGUUCAGGAACUGGCUAAGCAGAAAUUGGUGACGAUUCCAUCCGAUAUGUACGUGAUGAUCAGGACCGUUCAAUCUCAUCAUCAGACAAGGAAGUUCCAGUCAUUGACAUCAUGACAUGCAACGUUUAAACUCUACUGACUCUAUGAAUCCCGAGCUUCAGAAAUAUUUGCAUUUUGCAGCCAAAGAUUGGGGUUUCUUUCAGUUGAUUAAUCAUGGAGUAAGUUCUUCAGCGGUGGAGAAAAUGAAAUCUAAGAUUCAAAAAUUCUUCCAACUGCCAUUAGAAGAGAAGGCGAAGUUUGAACAAUUGCCAGGGGAUACAGAUGGAUUUGGGCAGUUGUUUGUUGUCUCUGAUGAACAAAAACUUGACUGGGCAGACAUGUUUUGCUUGAAGACCUCGCCUACACAUUUAAGGAAGCCUAUAUUUUCCAAGCUUUUCCUUUCAUUUAGGUAGGUAUAAUGUCCUUUUUGUUAUAAAAAGAAGAAGAACAGUUGCGGA